AUGCAGAUGCCGUUGGCACUAGCUCCAGCGGACGAUGGCACGCGAAAGAGCGCUCAGAGCCGACCAGCCAGAAGAAGAUCCUCGGCAUCUUCAACAUCGCAUACGAAAGAAAAGUUAAGACCGAAAUCCCGAACUUCAACAACCAGCCUGCAAUCUGUCGAUGUAGGCAACUCGUUUCAACAACCCUCUGCCAAUGCACAAGCUGCUCAGCGCCCGAACUCAGCGUCGCAAGACCCAAAUGUUCACCACCGACCGAUGUUUGCGUCCAACCACGAUGCCUACCAAGCGAUGAUGCAACAACAACAGUACGAGAAAGAAUUCAAUAGUAAUCAGCCGAUGCCACAGCAGCCCGUGGCUCAUCAAAUACCGCAACACAUCCCAUACUCACACGCGAUGCCGCAAAAUAUGCCACACCAGAUGCCGAACGGUCACUAUGCUAUUCAGCCCGCCAUGCAUCCUGCAGAGAUGCAAGCCAUGGCAUCACAACCAUUGCCAUUCACACAGCCUCCAUACAGCGUGUACAACGGCGCCUCGGCUCACUUUCCGCCUCAGUCGCAACACUUCCGCCAUGACUCCAACAAUGAGAACAAGCGAAAGAAGGGCACGCCGUCCACUUUGGCCAAUGACCAGGAGCUACGCCGUGCUCUUCAGCAACACGAAGGUCAGACUCUGCAGGAGCUUGCCCUUAAGGUACAACAAACUGAAGGUCAGAAUGGUGGAAGGGCCGAGAAAGCAAAGCAAGUCUUUGCGAUGGUUUGGCUGCGUGAGAAUUGUGUUAAAGGCACCACCCAUGUACGCCGAGACAGAGUCUUCACUCGAUACACAAAACGAUGCGGAAGUGAAAGAGUGCCUACCCUCAACCCAGCCUCAUUCGGUAAACUGGUUCGCAUCAUCUUUCCAAAUGUCCAGACUCGGCGCCUUGGCAUGAGAGGUGAAUCCAAGUACCACUACGUCGAUCUUGAUCUGGUCCCCGAAGGUCAACAAGCUGUUGACUCUCAGUUGAUGUCGACCAACGCUGCUCGGCCUUCAACUUCCGGAGGAUACAAGGAAGAGCCUGGUCUCGGCCACGGACCCGGCACAACAUUCGACGAAGGUAGCCGACCUGUUUCUCGACACGAUAUGGAGACCGCAGACUUUCCAGUACCGGAGGUAGAUCAGCAGGCCGAGUUCGCACCUACUGGUGGUCCGGUUCAAGAUCCGCAAUCCAUACCUGCACCGACGCGUCUUUGCUGCAAACAUGCAAAUGCCGGCACGAUUCAGAUCCCUCUCAGCAAAGUGUCACCGCAAUUGGCCGAAGAGCUACCGCGUGUUCUUCCCAAUCUUCCUGCAACUUUACAUACCUACCACGCGAUGCCACAACCCGAUCUCAUCGACCCGGAGAAUGCACGACCUGCACCUGUGGAACUGCCUGAUAUCGCACCCUACUUAGCCGGCAUCGAGCACGACACCGACGCCGCAUUGACUUUGUACAGCCUCUACCGGUCCCACUGCACUGACAUAGUCGAAGCUUUCCGAAAGGUUAUGGACAAAACAUUUUUCCACCACUACAAUGCAUUCAAUGGCAAGAUGACUGUACCAGUAUCAAGACUAUUUGGUCUGCCUGAACUCAAAGACUGGAUCCAGGAAUGCGAUAUGCGGAUGUACAAAGCAAUGGCACGAUUCGUCGUUCCCAUAGUGAUUCAGCAGGUGCCCGAGGUUGUUUGGGGGCGGCUCAAUGCCAUCGCUCAUAAGCUUGUCGAACAUGUCAUAACCUCAUUCCAGGAAAAAUGCCCCGUGCAUGUGGUGGCUGCGAAGGUAGUGCCAGCUGCACGAUUUGCCAACCUCCUGAAGAAGCUUAAGACAGCAAAUGCCUUCACUUUACAGCUAAGCACCACGCUCGACAACGCUGACAUUCGCACGAGUAUGUGGCUCGAUCUAUUGAGCAUGGUUGACCCUGCUGCUGCACUCGAGGAAAGUCGACCACCACCUGAAUGCCUGCCCCAGAUCCGCGGCAUUCUCAAACACGAUCUGAGAACACUCCUGGAUCCCAGUCACAAUGAAUUCACUGCACGGGCCGAAGAAGAAUACGGUGCCUACUCAGACUUCCUCAAAGAUGCCACUGUCGGCGCCGGUGUCUUCAGCUCUGACGCUCUGGACCAACCCUGGUCAAGCCCUCUAGACAAAUGGAUCAGCUGGGUUCGAUGCCUGCCUGCUGCUUUCGAACACCAUCAUCCUCUCUGCAUGCUCGACUGGCACACCCGAUUUUGGCACAGCAUUUGCCACCAGCUCGGCGAUCGUGGCGCCAAGAGCUUCCAGUUCUGGUGGUAUGCCGAAGCAUUCACCACUUCUCUACUACAAUGGAUGGCCGAAAUGCAAGGCUUGUUAAUGUCGAAGUCUGAUCAAGUGUUGGCAGACCAGCGCGACACAAAGAAGAUGGCCGAGGUUCAGUCCAACGCCAGCACGCUCGGCAAGCGAAUGCGCGACUGGGAUACUCUCGCUGAAGAAACCAACGAUCAGGAUACUCACCGCCCUCAUAAGCGACCAAGUCUCGACACUGCCCGCGGAGCAGCACAGCCGAGCUCGCCGCCAUCGUACCCUUUUCUCCCGCCCAAUGCCGCGGAUCCGAUGUAUGGUGUGACUCAGCCGAUCGAAGAACCGGAACUGCCCGAGCUCCCACGCGGAAAGCAGCGCGUCACCAACGGCGACCUGGAAGACGAUACCCGUCCAGACGACCCGAACAAGCUGCCGAGUCUGGUUGAAUAUCAUAUCAGUAGUCCGGUCAAAUUGUCGAGGGAGCCUCCACAGCACAUGAUCCGUAUCGGUCAUCCCAGCUUGAACAAUAAUGAUGUUGAUGACUCUGGCAUUGGGGCCGAUUUGGAUGACGAGGAAGUUGGAGGACCCGUGGGAGAUCACAAAGGAAAAGGGAGGGAGCACGAUCAUGGAGAUUGGCUGUUGAAUAUGACGAGUGAUGCGGUUGAGCCUGUGCCUGAUCAUGACAAGCGAGAUUUGGACGGGGAGAUCAGGAUAAUGUAUCGACAUUUUGGGACGACGACUUGGGAUAUGUAUGAUGUGACGACGACAGCGCUGGGGCUUUGGAUGUGA